AGCACUGUGGUCGUCACAAUGCCUCGAGGAUUCCUGGUGAAGAGGAACCGGAGAGGCUACCGGUCACGGAGCGGCAACAAACCCGACACGUGUGACGCUGACCGGAGCGGGAGUGACAGCUCCGAGGCGGACACGCUGCUGGCCGGUCUCCACUUCCAGCCGCCCGGCGGAGAGUUCCCGGUGUCCCGCGAGGACUCAUCCGGGGUCAGGGAGGCGUGGAGCCCGCACGUGGAGUCCGCGCUGGAAGCGGAGGCGGACCGGCGCGCGCAGCUACCGGAGAGCGAGGUGGACGUUUUGGGUCCCGACGACGACUUUUCCUGCUUCUUCCCGCCGCCGCCGCCGCCUCCUCCACCUUCUCACGACCUGACCUUAACGAGCACCUGCAGCCCCGUCAAACCGGUCGGCACGAGACUGCUGGAGCAGCACGAGGGAGGAGAAAAGCCCCCGCUGUUCACCGGCAGGUGUCUGACCUCGUCCCCGGCGCCGGAGUUACCGGACCUGCCGCUGCUGGUGAGCUCCACGCCCACGUCGGUGUCCGCCUCGAUCGAGCGGCUCCUCGCGACCGGCGGCCGACACCACCACCACCACCACCACCACCACCACGCGCAGACCUACGAGCCGCGCGUGGCUCACCUGCACCUGUUCCCACCGCUCACGCUCAUGAACCAGGAGCAGCACCACGCGGCAAGGAAGCGCGCCUUCCUCGAGGCGGACCCCCGCCUGAACGGCAGCAGGCACGGCAAGCAGCCGGCGGGAGGCGCGACAAAGAAGGUCAAAGUGAACCGCAAGCUGAACUUUGAAGACGAGGUCACCACCUCUCCGGUUCUGGGUCUGCGCAUCAAGAAGGAGAGUCCGGAGCUGAGGAGGCAGCGCGAGAAGUCGUCCGGUCCCACCGGGAACCAGCCGCUGGGGGAGUUCAUCUGCCAGCUGUGCAAGGAGGAGUACCCGGACCCCUUCUCCCUCGCGCAGCACAAGUGCUCCCGCAUCGUGCGCGUGGAGUACCGCUGCCCCGAGUGCGACAAAGUCUUCAGCUGUCCCGCCAACCUGGCGUCUCACCGCCGCUGGCACAAGCCCCGUCCGGUCAGCCACCAGGCCGGAGAGCCCCCCGCCAAGAGCCAGCCCCUGAAGGAGGCGCGGGGGUCCGGCCAGCACGAGCGGCCGCCGGUGGAGAUGGAGGGCAAAGAGAACGAGCUGCUGCGAGUCAACACAAACCAGCACCACGAGCCGCUGGACAGCUCCAGGAUCCGGCGCGAGCCGUCCCUGCUGAUGCUCCACGCGCGCUCCCGGGACAGUCCCGACAGCCUCGCGCCUCCUCUGUACGACUCCUCCCCGCACUACCGGAGCCCGGUGGACGGCUGUCUGGAGCUGCAGCCGCAGGCGCGAGCCGCGGACAGCCCGCCGUCCGGCCUGCUGCGGCUCAGCGACGAGCCGCAGCUCCAGCAGCCGCUGCCCCCGGUGCAGUCCUUACCGGAGGAGGAGCUGUACGAGUGCCGCUACUGCGGGAAGAAGUUCCGCCGACAGGCUUACCUGAAGAAACACCUGGCCGCGCACGAGAUGUCGGCGCGCGCGUCUCCGCCUCCAUACGUUCAGACGCGCGAGCCCGGCGGCGGACAGAGUCAGCAGGUUUUCCUGUGCCACCUGUGCGGCGCGCGCUUUCCGUCGGUUGAAAUCAGGGACAAGCACCGGCUGUGGCACGCAAUGCGGGACGAGUUACUGGCGGAGACGCUGGGAGGAGGAGGAGGAGGGGGAGGACGGAGACCGGACGUUUUCCACGCGCACAGAGAAGAGAGCAGCACGGCGGACCACGAGCAGCAGCAAAUCUUCACGUGCAAGCACUGUCCCUCCACGUUCUUCAGCUCCCCGGGGCUCACGAGGCACAUCAACAAGUCCCACCCCACCGAGAACCGGCAGGUGAUGCUGCUGCAGAUGACCGUGCGACCAUGAAGAUGCAAACACCUUUAAAACAACAUCUGCAUUAAGAUCAGGGAUGUCAA